UUGGACUAUUUUUCUCUUCUUAAUCUAUUCCCUUUGGACUAUUUUUCUCUUCUUUCUCUCUCUUUCAUAUCGGUUUUCAUGGGAUGUGAAGUUCCAGAGCUCUGCGGCACCUCGGACUCGAUUAAUGGCUUCUCAAUCUUCUCCUUUUCUCUCUACUUCUUCUCCUCUGCCAUUCAUCUUCGUCCUUUAGCUUCCCGUGCGAAGAAGAAAAGGAAGCCUUUUCCUUAGCUCUUGAAGCUCUCAACACAACUCCACUGUUGCCAGGUCUGUCUAACCACUGAUACCUCUUUUGAUUCGAAUUUUCUCUACCUUGAGUUCUCUAUGUGUUCUUGAACUCUGGUACCCAUUUUGUUUCCUCGAUCGGUACUGCAAACAAACGCCGCAAAGUUAUUUUCUUUAUGCCGGUAGAGCUUGCUCUCUUUCUGGUUGGGGCUCUUGAUUUUAUAACCCUAAUAGUCUGUUUCUAACUUUGUAGAGCUUUGUACUGAUCUUAAUUGGAAGUUUUGUGUGAUUAGUUCUUUACUACUAUGUAUUCUUCUAGUUUAAUCCGGUAGUCAUGGAAAACCAGUUCUAUUUCUUAGGUUUUUCCGGACUAGGACCAAUUUUUAUUUAACCUUCCUCCUCUGAUCCGGUGGCCUCCCAAAAAGUCUCACUCUUUCUGCUAAUUUCUUCCCUCUAUCAGUUUCCUGGAAAAAAGGGGAUCCUAAUUCUAUUCCCUUUGCGCCAGAUUCCAGCUUUUAAGGCUGGAUUUUAACAUCUAAUCGCUUUUUGCUGGUAUAUGAGGUCCGGCUUUCUGUGGGAUUUGCAUUCUAGUGAUUGUCGCUCUUUUGGUGCUCUCCGUCAAGAUGUCUACAGAUGGCCAUAGCUUUGUAGAAUGGAAAGAAGAGUUUGUUUCCCAGGAGCGUGGCAAUCGUAUAGUUCACUAUUUCUUGAGGGAUGCUGGCGGGGAUUCCGUCCUUGCUGUUGUAGGUACGGAGAGGAGCCUUAGGCACAUGGUUUAUGUAGUUGCAGAAGACUUCUUACUCGCAUAUGGGUCCGAGAAAUCGAUCAAUGCAGGCUUCAAGUGGAGAUCAAGGAGAGAGGUUGUCGACUGGCUCACGUCUAUGCUUAUGAAGCAUCAAACUCCGCAUGAUUAUUCAAAAUCACCAACAUUUGACUCAUCACAAGCUAUUGGAUCUUCUGAAUUCCUUAAAAGGGGACUUGAUGCCCCAAGAAUCCAUCUUCCAGAUCGCACGAGCCGAAUUGCAAGGAAGUUAAAGGGGCUCAACACCGAUAUUGUGUGGUCAGGUGCUGCCUGGACAUGUGGUAAACAGCUCAAGCACUAUCCAGCGUUUUGCAGGAAUGGAACCACCAUAGCUAUUCAUUCUUUUGUUCUUGUCAUGGCUGAAGAAGAAAAUCACUAUCUCGCAUACUUAGAAGAUAUGUAUGAAAACAAGAAGGGACAGAAGAAGGUGAAAGUACGAUGGUUUCACCAUAAUCAGGAGGUCAAAGGUGCGGUUCCUCCGCCAAAUCCACAUCCUAGAGAGGUUUUCUUCACAGCUUAUUCCCAGGUCCUCAGUGUAGAGUGUGUUGAUGGUCCUACAACAGUUCUUACACCUGAGCACUAUGAAAAAUGCUUAGCUGCUCUUCCAGAAACUUCCUCACCUAGAAUCCAUCUUUGCUUUAGGCAGUUUAGAAGCAACAGAAUUAAGCCCUUUGAUCUAAGUAAAUUGCGAGGCUAUUUUCAUCAAGUUAUCCUCUCAUGUUUAGAUCCCAAUCCCCUUGCCAAGCAUAACCUUACAUGCAGGGGCUUGAUUGGAGAAGAGGAGGAAGAGUUUGGCCAAGGAGGCACCGUGAGGCAGGGAGCUAAGAGAACUCGGAGUUGCAGGGGGCGUCAGAAGAUUGUGUCAAAUUAUUCUGUUGCCAGAAUUUCAGGUCCAGGGAAGCAGGUAGCACUGUGCCAACCAGCACAUCGGAACUUGAAAUUUAGAUUGUCAGGUAGGAUGACACCGGCUGUUGACUCUGGUCCGCAAGCCUGGCUUACCACACCUUUUAAGGUCCAUGAAAAGAUAGAGUUGCUCUGCCAAGAUAGUGGAAUUCGAGGCUGCUGGUUUAGGUGUACUGUCUUGCGGGCAUCUCAGAAGCAGCUGAAGGUCCAAUAUGAUGAUUUGCAGAAUGACGAUGGAUGUGGAAAUCUUGAGGAAUGGGUCGCUGCUUUCAGACCUGCAAUGUCUGAUAAACUGGGCAUGCGAUGCUCUGGUCGCCUCACAAUUCGACCAUGUGCACCUGAAUAUCCAGUGGACAUUCCAUUUGAUAUUGGAGCUCCAGUGGAUGCAUGGUGGAGUGAUGGCUGGUGGGAAGGGGUGGUUACUGGAAUUAACAACACUGAUGGUAGCCUUCAGGUUUACUUCCCUGGUGAAGAUAUUUUCUCAACUUUCCAGAGAAGGAAUCUAAGGCGUUCUAAGGAUUGGGUGGGGAAUCGAUGGGUUAAUAUUGAGGCGAAGCCAGAUAUACUGUCUAUCAUAUCUGCAGCAGUCAGCCCUGGCACAAAGCUCUCGUGCUCCACUAUGGCAAAGGGGACUGAGUCUGGUGGUUCCGCAAUGUCGGAUCGUGAAUGCCCGUCUGCUUCUAGACUUGAGACAGUUGAAGAGGACAAUCAAGAAGUAGCUUUUUCAGCUGGAUUCGAUCGAAUGGUGGAGAAUGUUGAGUGGGUGAACUCAAGGAAACGGUCAUGGGUUGAAGAUGAGGCCAAGAGAGGUGAUGAUGAUGAUGCUUUUGAUGAUGAUGAUGAUGAUGAUGAUAAUGGCAAUGAAGAUGAUGAUAAUGUCAGUGAGGACAGGGUGAUCGAAGAAUUUGACUGUGCUAGCCAGAAAUGUGAAGCAAUAGGACUCAUGGUUGUUGCUGCCUAAGAUAGAGAAUGAGGCUUUGUUCCACAAUGAUAGUCAUGAUUGCAGGUGAGGCAAGACACUGGACUUUCAGGCCUACUUGAGUAUUAGGAUUUCUGUAUAUAAGCUAAGAGAGGUGUCGUGCAGUAUUUAUAAGGUCAUUCAUUUCCAUUUCAGCUUUGGAAGUUGGAUCUGAGCCAGUGUACCACAAGGAAGUAUUAAGGAGUUCGGUAGAUUUCUGUCAUAGUAAGGCAGAUUAGAAGUAUUAUUAGGAUUAAGGACCAAUGAGGGAGAAGCCCCGUCUUUCUUAGGAUUUAAACCGCUUGCUUAGGAGCUAGCAGCAAGGCCAUCGGGAACCUAAACUGUUAAUUUUCCUUUACUAUUAAUGGUAAUAUAAUGUAUAGGAAAUAGUUGAAUAUUAUGUUCGGAAAUGAAACUUAUGUGCUUUAGUAGUUCCACAA